AUGUUUCUCGUCAUGUCCCUCCUGCUGAUCGGAGCGUACAUCCACCAUCUCUGGCGCGCAGAGACCACCAUCAAUGUUCCCUGGGUCCCCGACCCAGCAUCCCGCCUCUUCGCCGAGGUCCCGCUGACACCGCUCCCCGCCAAAGACGACAUUACGACGUACCAACUUCCCCUGGCCACGAGGGGCCGCAACAUUGUCGACACCGAAGGCCGCCGUUUCAAGCUCCUCUCGGUCAACUGGUACGGCGCCUCUGACGAGCUCUUCGUGCCCGGCGGCCUCGACAUCCGCCACCGCCGCGACAUUGCCGCCACCAUCCGCGCCCUCGGCUUCAACAGCGUGAGGCUCCCCUACGCCGACGAAAUCGUGACGGCCAACCCCGUCGUCGACGCGCGCGUCGUGGCCGCGAACCCGGACCUCGCGGACAAGCGCGCCCUCGAUGUCCUCGAGGCCGUGACGACGGCCCUCACGGACGCGGGGCUCGCCGUCGUGGUCAACAACCACAUCACGCACGCCACGUGGUGCUGCGGCGCCGAUCCCUGCGAUGCCGGGUGGGCGAACGAUCACCUGGGGCCGCUGUGCCGCGUGCGCCAGACGGAGGAGGGCUGGAUCCGGAACUGGGAGGCCGUCAUGGCGCGGUUCGUGGACAACCCGCUCGUCAUCGGCGCCGACCUGCGGAACGAGGUGCGCGGCGUCUGGGGUACCAUGCCGUGGAGCAAGUGGGCCGCCGCCGCCGAGAGGGCCGGCAACAGGCUGCUCAGGAUGAAUCCUGACUGGCUCAUCGUCGUUGGCGGGACCGAGUCGGGCAACGACCUUCGCGGCGUGGCCGAGCGGCCCGUGAGGCUCGAUGUACCGGGUAGGGUCGUGUACUCGGCGCACGUGUACGCUUGGUCCGGCUGGGGCAGCCUCGAGGGACGGUUCGCCAAGAGGGGGUACGCCUCAUUUGUCCACGCCAUGCGGGAGAACUGGGGCUACCUCGUCGAGGGCGACGAGGCGCCCGUCUGGGUCGGAGAGUUCGGGGCGCCGAGGGACCCGAGCAUGGGCGACGCCAACUACUGGCAGAACCUCGUGCGCUAUCUCAAGGUCGUCGACGCCGACUUUGGCUACUGGGCCAUCAACCCGCGGAAGCCAAAGGCGAACACGACGGAAACGUAUGCGCUGGUCGAGGACGAUUGGAAGACUCCAGUGCUCGACUACCGCAUGAAAGACAUGGCGGAAAUGAUGAAGCAAGGCACUUUUGAGGGACACGAUGAAUUAUGA